GGCGCAUGCGCAGCGGCUGUGCUAGGCCCCCUGGAAGCGGAAGGCGUAGGAAGUGCGCGCGGGCCGUGCCGUGCCGUGCCGGCAGCGCUCACCUCGCCGUUUUUCCCCACCCCCAAGUGGUGCACGCAGGGACCGCGGCUAUGUCGAGCCUGGUGGCGGCCACGUGCGACGGGCAGGGCUCGCAGCCCGCCGAGAAGAAGCCGCUGAAGCCUUGCUGCGCCUGCCCGGAGACCAAGGCGGCGCGGGACGCCUGCAUCAUUGAAAAAGGGGAGGAGAAUUGUGGGCCUCUUAUUGAGGCCCAUAAGGAAUGCAUGAGAGCACUGGGAUUUAAAGUAUAAGCAAGAUGAAUAAUGGAACUGUGCGUGUGGUGACUUGCUGCGAGGUGACUGAUUUUUCCAGGGAAUUGAAGAAUAUUAAGUUAUUUCUGCAGGCUACUUCAAGGGACAACCUUAAUGAUGAGAGCUAUUUAUAUAUAGAGAGAGAUACAUAUAUAUAUAAAAAAACAAACAAACCCCAAACCCUAACAAUAAAGAAACUGCCUAUCACUUUUCUGAAUUGUAUGUUAUGAGAUCUUGACCAGCUGGAAUAGAGAUAUAUUUUCUUCUUAAUAAAGGAUUUAAAAACGUUCA